ACAGUCGGAAUGUGCGAGUGCAGCAAAAAGAAAGCCUCCUUCCUCAUAGACGACAUCUUGAACACCGGCAGGAGCUCACAGAGCGGCACGCAGAGAUGUAAGAGUCAGGCGAACAGGUGCGAGAGACACAGGAAAAUCAACUUUAUUGACGAGGUGCACAAGGAACUGGAGUCCACCAAGGUGAAUAUGAAUCUGGAGCAAAGGAGGAACACGUACCCUCUGUAUCCGAUGCCCAUAAAGCCGGGAGUCGCUUGGCCGCAAUACAAAAUGAAGGCGGGAUAUCCCAUGGACAACAGACCCUCGGUAAACUACUACAGCGAACCAGUCCUGAAGGCGGAGCAUAUACUGAGGAACCAGCUCGCGGCCACCAGAUACGUGGCCGGCCCUGGACCCUUCUUGAGACAGGUGUACGGCUUUGACAGAGUUCCACCAUCUUGCUGUAGUUCCUGGCUGGGUGUGGGGACGAGACGGAAGGGCGGACAGGUUCGCUUCAGUGCUGUUCAAACUGGAGCCUUAGAGAGACGUUUCAGUGCCAGCAAAUACCUUAGUCCUGAUGAACGGAGAGCUCUAGCGGCCUCUUUACGACUCAGUGACCGUCAGGUAAAGACGUGGUUUCAAAAUCGUCGUGCCAAGUGGAGGAGGAUGACUCCGGAGUCAGCGGACCCCGCCAGCCCGCUUGGAGUUGACUCUGAUGAUGACGUACACAUAGCUGAUGAAGACUGACCAUAUUUAAUUUUAAUGUACAUACGUAUGACUAGCAUGAAUGACUGAAUUCGUUAAGAAAAUACAUAAACCUAUUUAGCUAA